CCCCCUCGCCUCGCCUCACCCUCCUCCUCCCUCCUUUCUGCAGGCUACUUACCGAACCCAACAGUUACCCUGCUCAACGGCCGCCAAUCUCCCUCCGCUUCCCCGUUCCCUGGGCCGACGCCGCGUGCUGCUCGCUUACUGCGCACUUGGUGCCGCGCGUAAGUUUCCUUCCUUGCUGACGAGGAGGGCGCUGCCCUGUGGCUUGGUUCGGAUCCGCGCCUGGUUGCUAGCUCGGCGUGCGAGCGGGAGCGGUGCGCGGCGUGGUGGGGCGGAUCGGCGCAGAUCUGGAGGCCCAUGAGGAGGCGCCGGCGGAGGGGUAGCGGGAGCGAUGCGGUGCUGCGGACGAGGAGGUGAGCCCGCGUGGGAAGGUGAUCCUGGCGGAGGGGGAGGCGGAGGCGGAGGCGGAGGGGUGGGGGAGGCUGGAGGGACGGAAGACUUCGUAGCGGUGGUGGCCCCGCUCGCCGCGCCGCCGGCGCCGGCGUUUAACCCCGCGGCGGCAGCGGACCCCAUCGCAGCGGCGGUCGUGGGGGCCAUGGAAGGGGUGUCGGUGCCCGUGCCCCCGGUCAAGACAGCGUCGGCGGUUGAGGACGACGCACUGGCUCCGGAAUGGGAAGGGGGAGAGGCGUCGGUGGCGGGGAGCCCGUGCUCGGUGGCCAGCGACUGCAGCAGCGUAGCGAGCGCAGACUUCGAGGGGGUCGAGCUGGGCUUCUUCGGUGCGGCGGCAGGUGCCGCGAUGGUGUUCGAGGACUCGGCAGCAUCUGCAGCCACGGUCGAGGCGGAGGCAGGGGUCGCGGCUGGCGGGAGGAGCGUCUUCGCCGUGGACUGUGUGCCGCUGUGGGGUUACACGUCCAUAUGUGGCCGCCGGCCGGAGAUGGAGGAUGCCGUUGCCACGGUGCCGCGAUUCUUCGACGUGCCGCUAUGGAUGCUCACCGGCAAUGCCUUGGUCGAUGGGCUCGAUCCCACGACAUUCCGUCUGCCCGCACAUUUCUUCGGCGUGUACGAUGGCCACGGUGGUGCACAGGUUGCAAACUACUGUCGGGAGCGCCUCCACGUGGCGCUGGUGGAGCAGCUGAGCAGGACAGAGGAGACUGGGUCUGCAGCUAACUUGGGGGACGUAGAGUUCAAGAAGCAGUGGGAAAAGGCCUCUGUGGACUGCUUCUCCAGAGUGGAUGACGAGGUUGGUGGCAAGGCGAGCCGUGGAGGAGGCGGUGGCUCAGGCACAAGCGAUGCUGCUGCGGCGGUUGUGCUAGAACCUGUGGCACCAGAAACUGUGGGUUCGACGGCGGUGGUCGCUAUCAUCUGCUCCUCACAUAUCAUUGUCGCCAAUUGUGGAGAUUCACGAGCAGUGCUCUACCGUGGCAAGCAGCCCGUGCCUCUGUCGGUGGAUCAUAAACCUAACAGGGAGGAUGAGUAUGCAAGGAUUGAGGCAGAGGGUGGCAAGGUCAUACAGUGGAAUGGCUAUCGAGUUUUCGGUGUUCUUGCAAUGUCUCGAUCAAUUGGUGACAGAUAUCUGAAGCCAUGGAUAAUACCAGUCCCAGAGGUCACAAUUGUUCCUCGAGCAAAGGAUGAUGAGUGCCUUAUCCUUGCCAGCGAUGGCCUCUGGGACGUAAUGUCAAACAAAGAGGUAUGUGAUGUUGCCCGCAAGCGGAUACUUCUAUGGCACAAAAAGAAUGGCACAAGCUCAUCAUCAGUCCCACGACUUGGUGAUUCCGCAGAUCCAGCUGCUCAAGCUGCUGCCGAGUGCUUGUCAAAGCUUGCUCUCCAGAAGGGGAGCAAAGACAACAUUACCGUUAUUGUAGUUGACCUCAAGGCACAUCGGAAGUUCAAGAGCAAAACUUAACCAUGGCCUGAUGAACAACUAGUGAAAAAUUGCUAGGAACCUAUAGAUUUGGAGAAUCCAAAUUUUAGUCCGCUGCCUUAGUAUAUUAUUACUUAGCCCAGUUCUUUCUUUUCUCAGCUUUUUUUCCCUCCCCAUUUGGGCUGCCAAGGGCUGUAUUCCCAUAUAUGGAACAGAUUGCAAAAUCCGCAUCAGGGUUUGUCUCCUGAUUGCGGUGAUGAUCCUGUUUUCUAUUCUUCUUUCUUCGUUGCCCCGUAUUCUUUUUGUUAAGCCGGGCGCGUCCAUGUAUCUGGUAAUGUAUAUUUCAGCUUGUAGGGUACAGAAGGAACAAAGUGUUAUAAAGGAUUCCGUAUCCUGCCUGCCUGACGUGAAAUUCACCAAUACAUCAGCUGGUAAUACUAUGUUGUAUGCAUCGGAAAUUUGAAGCUUGAUUGCUCCGUGAGGGAAACCUUUUGUUUCUGGACCGAUUGUGCCUGAUUGUUACUGUUAAGCUUGCUAAUGCGAUUGUUUCUGCCA